AUUGGAGUGUCAGCUCUGCUGGUGAAUGGUUUGAUUGCCUGCUGUGGGCUAAGCCCCGCCUCUCACGCACUUCUUCUUGCAGUGUACCAUUGGGUGGAGAUGAGAGCGAAGAUGAGGAUGAUGGGAUUCCGUGGAGCGGCCAUUAAACCCCUGAAUGAGGAUGCGGCAGCUGACUUGGGGGCGGAGCUUCUGGGAGAAGCCAUUAUCUUCCUGGUGGGAGGCGGCUGUAUGGUACUGGAGUACUCGCGGCAGGCGGCCAACAGCCGCCGGAAGGAGGAGGAGCUGGAGGCCAGGCUGGGCGCCAUGGAGGCCGAAAUUGCCCGUAUGGGGCUGCAAACGGAAGAGCUGGACGCCCGGGCGCGGGCCGCAGAGAGACAGCAAGUGGCAGCCAAGUGA